AGCCCGCCAAACACGCACCGUCUCGCAGCCUCGCAGGUUAACCCUGCUGCCUACUCCGCCGCCUCCUCCUCCCCCCGCCUCGCCUCGCCGCCGCGGCCGAGACCUCAAAGCCCUAAACCCACCCACCCACCCCAUCUCUCCCUCUCUCCUCCCUCCCAUGGCGCGCCUCAACCCCUCCAAACCCAGCUCCCGCGGAGGCAAGCCGAGGUCCUCCUCCGCGGACGCCAUGGCGGAGCACAAGCCGCUGCCGGGGCGGCCGAAGCGGGAGGGGGAAGGGGCGAGCAAGAGGAAGGCCAAGUCGGGCGGGUUCGAGUCGAUGGGGCUGUGCGAGGAGGUGUACCGCGGGGUGCGCCACAAGGGGUACCGCGUGCCCACCCCCAUCCAGCGGAAGGCCAUGCCGCUCAUCCUCGCCGGCCACGACAUCGCCGCCAUGGCGCGCACGGGCUCCGGGAAGACCGCCGCCUUCCUCGUGCCCAUGAUCCAGCGCCUCCGCCGCCACGACGCGGGCGCCGGCAUCCGCGCGCUCAUCCUCUCGCCGACCCGCGACCUCGCCACGCAGACGCUCAAGUUCGCGCAGCAGCUCGGGAAGUUCACUGAUCUAAAGAUUAGCCUGAUUGUUGGUGGAGAUAGCAUGGAGAGUCAGUUUGAGGAAUUGGCAGAAAAUCCGGAUAUCAUAAUUGCAACACCUGGCAGACUCGUGCACCAUCUGGCGGAGGUUGAGGACUUGAAUCUUCGGACAGUGGAAUAUGUUGUGUUUGAUGAGGCAGAUUCCCUCUUUAGCUUGGGGUUAAUCCAGCAGCUGCAUGACAUUCUACAUAAGCUGAGUGAUACACGACAAACAUUGCUCUUCAGCGCCACCUUGCCACAAGCCCUUGCAGAUUUUGCAAAAGCUGGUCUACGUGACCCACAAAUUGUAAGACUUGAUUUGGACAAAAAGAUCAGUCCUGAUCUUAAACUUGCCUUUUUCACGCUGCGUCAGGAGGAGAAAUUAGCUGCUUUACUGUACUUGGUCAGGGAGCGAAUCAGCUCUGAGGAACAGACAAUAAUAUUUGUUUCAACCAAGCAUCAUGUGGAGUUCCUAAAUAUUCUGUUCCGGGAGGAGGGCUUAGAACCUUCCCUUUCCUAUGGUGCUAUGGAUCAAGAAGCCCGCAAUAUUCAUAUUUCAAAAUUCAGGGCAAGGAAAACUAUGAUACUUAUUGUGACAGAUGUUGCUGCAAGGGGUCUGGAUAUUCCAUUGCUUGAUAAUGUGGUGAACUGGGACUUCCCUGCAAAGCCUAAAUUAUUCGUUCAUAGGGUUGGCAGAGUAGCUCGACAAGGUAGAAGUGGCACAGCAUAUACUUUUGUCACUUCGGAGGACAUGGCAUAUUUAUUGGACCUACAUCUUUUCCUUUCAAAGCCUCUUAGACCUGCUCCAACAGAGGAGGAACUUCUGAAGGAUAUGGAGGGAAUGAAUUUAAAAAUUGAUCGUGCUCUUGCAAAUGGAGAAACUGUGUAUGGGCGUUUUCCUCAGACAAUCAUUGAUCUUGUAUCUGAUGGAAUAAAAGAAGUCAUCAAUGGAUGUACAGAUCUAAUUGCAUUGGAAAAGCCAUGCACUAAUGCUUUCCAUUUGUAUCUGAAGACUCGUCCAAUGCCUUCAACAGAAUCAAUCAGAAGGGUAAAAGAUUUGCCUCGUGAAGGUCUUCAUCCAAUUUUCAGGGACGUACUUGGGUCAGAUGAGCUUUCAGCUCUUGCAUUCUCGGAACGCUUGAAAUCAUUUCGGCCGAAGCAGACGAUUUUAGAGGCUGAAGGUGAAGCUGCUAGGGGUUCAAAUCAAUGGCUAGAUGUGAUGAAGAAGAAAAGAGAAGUGCAUGAGGGAAUUAUAAAUUUAGUACAUCAAAAGAAUAAUGUUGAUCAUGAGCCAAAGGAAGAAUUGGUAGAGAAUAUUUCAAACUGGGAGAGAAAAGAUGUUUGUGGUAAUAAGCGGAAGUUACAGAGCUUUAGAGAUGAGGAAUACUACAUAAGUUCAGUGCCUCAAAACCAACAUUUGGAAGCUGGACUGUCAGUGAGGGCCAACGAAGGAUUUGUUGAAAAUAGAUUGGAUGCUGCUGUUCUUGAUCUAGUUGAUGAUGAAACUUCUGGUAUGCAAGCACAGAAAACUCGAUAUCACUGGAAAAAGAACAAGUUUGUCAAGUUAAAUAGUGGGGAUCGUGUCACUGCCACAGGAAAGAUUAAGACAGAAAGUGGUGCGAAGUUAAAGCCAACAAAAACAGGGAUAUACAAGAAAUGGCAACAGAAGACACAUAGAUCUAUCGAUACUGGUAGAAAAUUUGGUGGCUUUGCAGAAGAGGGUGCAUCCACGACAGGUAGCCAUCAAAGAGGAAACAGAAAACACACUGCAGUGGGACGGGGGCGUCGCUAUAUACCGAACGCCGACGUACCGUCUGAGAUUAGAAAUCCCGAACAAAUACAGAAGAGCAGGCAGCAAAAAGCAAUGGAUAUUGCCCGCAUGAAGAACAGAUCCACAAAAGAGAGUAAAUUCCAGAAAUUCCAGAAGAACAACAGGAGGCACGAUGGACCCUUGAAAGAUGGCAAAUUCCAGAAGAACAGGAGACCGGAUGGCAAUGGAAAGAACAGGAGACCGGAUGGCAAUGGAAAGGGACGGGGGAAAGGCAAAGGAAAUGCAAAUGGAUUUGGUAAAGGGAAGGGAAAAAUGAAAGGGAAGGGCACAAGGUGAUUUGACGAAGAAAAUGUUAUCCAAAGCACAGGAGAGGGGCUGCUGCGCUAUCAACAGCAGGUGCUGUUUGCCUUCUCGUGUAUUCCAGUUUUGUUUGCUUUCCUAAUCGUUCCUCUAAUUGUAAUUCAAAGCAUCCGAGAUCUUACCGAGAAUAUACUCGUUCGCGUUACUAAUUUAAACAUUGGAUAGUUUUGUCAUCUUUUC